AGACCAGCCCACUUCGACAUCAUUCCAUCAACAGUUUUCAAAGUUAUGUAUCGCCGUUCUCGUCUUCACUCUCCUUUACUUCAGAAGUUGUAUCGCACUUUGUCGUCGAAAUGGUGAAACAUAUGCCGUCUGUUUAUUAAGUGACCGUAUUGCUAUGUUAGAGCGAUUCGUUUUUUUUACUGGUCGAAUAUUCACUUCGUAAAAGCGGAGUUCAGAGAGGCUGAGCGAGAGAGAGGGGUUAGCAUUUUUUCGGGUUAGAUCAUGGCGGCGGCUGCGGUGGAGGUGAGUGUAAGCAGCGGCAGCAGUGACACAUCUAGCACCGGUGAGGAAGAGCGGAUUAAACGGUUGUUCCAGACUUGCGACGGCGACGGAGAUGGCUACAUUAGCAGGAACGAUCUUCUGAUGGUGUGCCGGCAGCUGAACAUGGAGGAUUCGGUGGCGGAGAUCAUGUGCCAGUUGGGUGGGGAUGAGCAGGGAAAGAUCUCAUUCGAGGACUUCACCCGCUGCCGCAUGCAACUGCUGAGCGAGAUCCGCAAGGAGGAGGGCCAACUCUCGAUCCACUCCGGAGACUCGGGCACCCGCAAGCUCGGCCACGAGCACAUCACCUCCUGGCCCACCAGCAGCGAGAACAGCUUAGGGGCUCUGUCAGGUGCCAGAGAAAGCUGGGAGUACGACUCGGGGGCCCGGGAUCUCCAAAGCCCGGACUUGCAGCAGCCGCAGCCGCAGUCCCAGCACUUGCAGCAGCAGGCGGCCGUCCUGCAGAAACUUCUGGAACAGCCAGGGAGUGUCCUGGACCAGCACCCGGCCCUGGAGAAGCUCUUGGCCCAGACGAACAGUGGCAGUCGCGUCGGGGGGAACUACCAGGAGCUGGCCAACACACUCCACCUGGCAGCGCUGGCGUCUCUGAAGGGGGACGUGCUGGAGCUGAACAAGCGGCUGCUGCAGAGCGAGCGCGAGCGAGACCAGCUGGAGAAACGGCUGGCCAAGGCCCAGUGUGAGCAGUCUCACCUGAUGCGUGAGCAUGAGGACAUGCAGGAGCGGACGACCCUACGUUACGAGGAGCGAAUCACAGAGCUGCACAGUAUCAUUGCCGAGCUCAAUAAGAAGAUAGACCUGCUCCAGGGCAGCACCAUACGGGAGGAGGAUGAGUAUUCGGAGUUGCGCUCGGAACUCAGCCACAGCCAGCAGGAAGCCAACGAGGACCCUGACCAGGAGCAGGCGUCCAUCUCACUGCCUGAGAACCAGUCCACGCUAGUCACCGCUGACAUGGACGCGUGCAGUGACCUGAACUCGGAGCUGCAGCGGGUGCUGCUGGGGCUGGAGAGCGUGGUGUGCGGCCGCAAGAAGAGCACCUGCAGCCUGUCCGUGGCCGAGGUGGACCGCCACAUCGAGCAGCUGACCACCGCCAGUGAGCACUGCGACCUGGCCAUCAAGACGGUGGAGGAGAUUGAGGGCGCGCUGGGCCGGGACUUCUACCCGAGCCUGUCGGAGGAGCGGGCGCGCUGGGAGAAGGAGCUGGCCGGCCUGCGGGAGGAGAACGAGAGCCUGACCACCAUGCUCUGCAGCAAGGAGGAGGAACUCAACCGCACCAAGGCCACCAUGAGCGCCAUCCGCGAGGAGCGCGACCGCCUGCGCCGACGGGUGCGUGAGCUGCAGACGCGACUCCAGAGUGCUCAGCCCAGCGGCCCCUCUAGCCCCGGACGCCUCACACCGGCCAACCGGCCCAUCAACCCCAGCACCGGAGAACUCAGCACCAGCAGCAGCAGCAACGACAUCCCCGUUGCCAAGGUGGCUGAGAGAGUGAAGCUGUCUAAAACGCGCUCCGAGUCCUCCUCCACCGAGAGACCCGUCCUGGGCUCGGAAAUCAGCAGCAUCGGGGUGUCCAGUAAUGUGGCGGAGCACCUGGCCCACUCUCUGCAGGACUGCUCCAACAUCCAGGAGAUCUUCCAGACGCUCUACUCCCACGGCUCAGCCAUCUCCGAGAACAAGAUCCGCGAGUUCGAGGUGGAGACCGAGAGGCUCAACAGCCGCAUCGAGCACCUGAAGUCCCAGAACGACCUGCUGACCAUCACGCUGGAGGAGUGCAAGAGCAACGCCGAGAGGAUGAGCAUGCUGGUGGGCAAAUACGAAUCCAACGCCACCGCACUCAGACUCGCCCUGCAGUACAGCCGCAUCGAGCACCUGAAGUCCCAGAACGACCUGCUGACCAUCACGCUGGAGGAGUGCAAGAGCAACGCCGAGAGGAUGAGCAUGCUGGUGGGCAAAUACGAAUCCAACGCCACCGCACUCAGACUCGCCCUGCAGUACAGUGAGCAGUGUAUAGAGGCCUAUGACCUGUUGUUGGCCCUGGCUGAGAGCGAACAGAGUCUAGUGCUGGGCCAGUUCAGAGCGGCCGGAGUCGGCACUGUGGGAGAGCAGACGGGCGAGGAGAGCGUGACUCAGGCGCUGAAGCGGGCGCACGACUGCCGUAAGGCGGCGGAGACGGGGGCCAAGGACCUGCUGGUGCGCCUGGACGGCAGCUGCGGAGCUUUCAGUGGCAGCGGCUGCAGCACACAGCCCUGGGAGAGCCUGUCGUCCAACAGCCACACCAGCACCACCAGCUCCACGGCGAGCAGCUGCGACACGGACUUCUCCAAGGAGGACGAGCAGCGCCUGAAGGACUACGUCCAGCAGCUGAAGAACGACCGGGCGGCCGUGCAGCUGACCAUGCUGGAGCUGGAGAGUGUGCACGUGGACCCGCUGAGCAGCGAGCUGAAGCCGCGCACAGACUCCCAGCGCCUCGACCUGGAGAACGCCGUGCUCAUGCAGGAGCUCAUGGCCAUGAAGGAGGAGAUGGCGGAGCUGAAGGCGCAGCUGUACCUGCUGGAGAAGGAGAAGAAGGCUCUGGAGCUGAAGCUGAGCACGCGGGAGGCGCAGGAGCAGGCCUACCUGGUGCACAUCGAGCACCUCAAGUCCGAGGUGGAGGAGCACCAGGAGCAGAGGAGGCGCUCGCUCGGAUCCACUGGGAGCAGCGCCGGCGGCAAGGACAAGGGCUCCAAGGACUGCGGGGAUUCACCAGCCAUCAGUCUGUCAGACCUUCGGACGCUGAGUGACAGCGACUUGGCCAUGGAACUGACCAACGCGCUGAGGAGAGAGAAGAAGCUGAAGGGGCGUGUGCAGGAGCUGGUGGCCGCGCUUGAGCGACUGACCAAGAGCAGCGAGGUGCGACACCAGCAGUCGGCCGAGUUCGUCAACGACCUCAAGCGGGCAAACAGUAAUCUGGUGGCGGCGUAUGAGAAGGCCAAGAAGAAGCACCAGAACAAGCUGAAGAAGCUGGAGUCUCAGAUGAUGGCCAUGGUGGAGCGCCAUGAGACGCAGGUGCGCAUGCUCAAGCAGCGAAUCGCCCUGCUGGAGGAGGAGACGUCCCGCCCACACACCAACGAAACCUCCCUCUGAGCGCCCAAAACCGCUGGCCCUCCAAACCUGUCAAACAGGAGCAGCCAAUCGGAGAUGGAGAUCCCCACACAAACACACACACAGUCUCCCCUCUGCCCAAAGACAGCUUGCAGUCCUUUGAGGGGCACAUACCUGACCAUGUGACUGUCCGCACUGUACACUCAUUGGCUGCAGGGAGAGCCAGGACUUCCUGGUUGGUAGAUGUCGAGUGACAGCUGUCAGUCAACUCUCGCCAGACUGUUUCUUCCUUCCUCCUCCUCCACCAGACAUGGUGAUAGCUUUUUAUCAUGCAUAUUUUUUUGGAGAGCACUAUGAAGACAUAAAAGCUGACUAUCCGUACUGGACUAAACUCAGUAUUCAAAGCUUAUGUUUAUCUUUAAUAUGAUACUCCUUUCCUCUUUUUCUAAACUUCAGUAUUUCACUGCAGAUCCUCUACGGUGCAUUUUUUGUACGUUUUUGGGCUCUUCUGAUUGGUUUUCAAGCAUUUACCUGAAAUGUGUGUGCGUGUGUAUGCGUCAGUGUGCGAGCGUGCGUGCCCAACUCUUUCUUCAGACACAAGUCUACGCCAUUCUUUUUCAGGACAAAAAAAGAAAACGGCCAACCACGCUCAGUGACCAGCUCAGCCUCACACUAGCAGUACCUCACCUGAGAGAAAUAGUUUUGCUUACACACUGUUUGUAUCUACCAGUGAGUUUCUUCCAUACAAACCAAGGCCUUUUCUGCCCUGAAGCAACCAGUCAGAGGUGGUUUGCUAGAGCUACACAAGACAAAACAGUAGGGAGUCUACAAUCAACUCAUUUAGUCAGUUGCAGAUAUAUUUGGGUCCUAUUGAAGUUUGAAUGGAUUGCAAUAAUUCAAACAUCCAGUAUUAUCAAUCUUUUUUUUAUAAAGAAAUUUCCUUUAACAUUUUCAGCAGUAGCUACAGUAUUAUAUGUUGACUUGACCUUGUCAGGGAGAACACUGACUGUAAUUUUCUUAAAUAUUCAGUUACCUUAAAGGGAGACAAGCACACCACUUGCACACAUACAGUACACUGAAACUGCUUCAAAUGCAAAAACAGUAGGCUUGGAAGAGUUUAGCUCAUGAAUGUUGGAUUGAGAAUGUAGCCUAUUUCGUGAAAGCACAGCAAUACACCCAAACCAGUGAUGCAAUAGCAGAGGAUAUUCAGUCAAAGAAUAUCUCUCUUUCUUAUCUCAGAAUUCACACAAGCCAGCUUUACUAAAAUUACAGUCCAGUUUAGAGUUAGAAGACCUGUUUCUUUUUUGUACAUGCUCCUUGUUUAGGAAGCUGAAAUGUUAAACAACUAAACAAGCAAUAUUGUUUAGCCCAAAUGUUCUUUCUGUAACUGCACUCUGAGCCGAACACGACAGAUAAAUGCAGAUUUAAAAAAAAAUGUAAAAAUUAAAUAAACACAAUUUGUUGAAAGAAAUGGACACCAUUGUUUCCAGGACACCUUAGUAGACGUGUCUAGCAGUCACUGAGUUUCUUUGGCAUAAGAAAUUAAGUUCAGCCAUACUGUACUGUAAAACUCUUUGAAGCGGUUUGUCCUUCUUUUUCAUUCAUUCAGUACUGGUCACCCCCUCUCCAGGCCAUACAUGUUCUUAGGUGACCAGAGCAGUUCUCUCACAUAGCCAGACCCCUGUCACCACAUUGCCUUAUUUCAACUUCUUUUCUUGUAAAUUCUUUCAACCAGACCUCGGCCUUUACCAGUGGCUGCUGUGCUUUCACAAAACCGACACGCUCCUGUUUUUUUUUUUACUCUCCUUUUACUCAAAGCAUUUACAGGCUUCCCUUAAGAUCUGGUAGUGUCCAGAUCCAGCUGUGUCAGUCAUCUCCAAACACAAAUGGGUGUUCUGAUGCUCUGCCAGUUAAUUUACUGUGUAGGUCAAGGAAACGACACAUCUGUCCUGUCCAGGACAGUCAUACUAGUUUAAGAGCAACAGGCAGAGAUCUUUAAGCUCUCCCAGAUAAUCUACUUCCCAGCUGUAAAAUGUUACGGACAGUUCGACCACUGGGGAUAAGUCUACACACUCAUCACAAAGCAACUUGUCUCAGCUGUGAAGACUUAUUGAGCAGUUCAUGUGUUAUAGAAAUGGAAUUCAUGUGGUUAAAAACUAAUGUCUGGCCUGUUACAGGAUUGUCAAAUGCACUUCUUUGCAUAAAAAGCAAAACUGCAGCAAGAAACUAACCUUUCCCCUUCUUAGCAAACAAGGACGGCUGAAAGUGAGUUCAGCUGUGGGAUGGGGAAUGAUCAUCUAAUUUUGCACAGAUCUGUUUUUUUUUUCUCUCAAAUCUUUGCAAUCAUCGUUUUAUUUUACUAUAGAAUGUAUUUGUUUAUAUAAUAAAUGAAUAAAAUCAAUUAAAAGGAACUGACUGACCAAA